AACUGUAGCAAGCUCAUUAUAUCAUUUCCCUUUCUUGGUUUACCUUGAUUAAUAACCUUCUAUAAUUGGAUGUAGAGAAGAUUUACAGAUGGCAUUGUUAUGUUUUAACCUCAUGCCUCAUUCACCCACACACUGACAUAAAAUUGCAGCAACUAAGCCAAACCUAAACUAUAGCAAGUAUCCUUGAUCACAGUGACAACAAAGAAGGGAUAAUAAUUUCAGAGCCUACAUUUUGGGUUUCGAAAGGUACAAACAUAACGAAACAUCUGAGAGACUAGGGAGAGAAAGAUGAAGGUGGUGGUGGUAGGAGGCAGCAUAGCCGGCCUGGCAUGUGCUCAUGCUCUUUUUUCAGCAGGCUGUAAGCAAGUGAUUGCCUUGGAGAAGGCUCGAACCUUAAAACCUGCUGGAGCAGGGCUGGGCUUGGACCCCCAGACAUGCCAAAUUCUGGCUGAAUGGGGCCUCCAUCAGCAAAUCAUGGACUCUACCAUUCCUCUCACCAUCGAUCAGAUUCAAACAACUGACAGCAAGAGUAAUGCCACCAGAGUGCUAGCUAGAGACGAGAAUUUCAAUUACAGGGCUACCCACUGGAGUGAUUUGCACAGAAUGCUGUAUGAUAAGCUGCCAAGGGAUACAGUACAUUGGGGUCAUGAGGUUGUUUCGAUUCAGCAGAUUGAGGAUGGUGAUGGAUUGGGUGUUAAAGUUGAAGUGAAGGUGGCUCAGACAGGGCAAACAGUUGUGGUGGAUGGAAAUUUGCUGGUUGCUGCAGAUGGAUCCAUGUCUCUUAUUAGGAAGCAUUUUGUGCCUCACCAACACCUCAGGUAUUUAGGCUAUUGUGCAUGGCGAGGUGUCUUUGAUUAUUCCAAAAAUGAUUCACCUGAGAUGAUUGCUUCCAUUAAGAAAGCUUACCCUGAUCUUGGCAAAUGUUUGUAUUUUGAUCUCGCCAAGGAAACUCAUUCUGUGUUUUACGAGAUGCAUGGUAAAAGGCUUAAUUGGCUUUGGUAUGCCACUCAACCUGAACCUCAUAUGCAGAUGAACUCGUUAACUGCAAAAGUAGACAAGAUCGCCAUUGAAAAGAUGCAUGAAGAAGCCAGUAAGAUCUGUGUACCAGAGUUAUACGCUCUUGUAAAGGCCACCGCAGAACCAUUCCUGAAUGUUUUAUAUGAUCUAGAACCACUAAAACAAUUUGUUUGGGAUCGUGUGGUGCUUGUGGGUGAUGCUGCACAUCCAACUUCCCCCCAUGGAGUCAGAAGCACAAACAUGUCAAUCAUUGAUGCAAGUGUUUUGGGUCAAUCAAUUGCAAAAUGGGGCUUUGACAAGAUUUCUACAGCAUUAGCUGAAUAUGAGUCUAUUCGGCUCCCUGUGACAUCGCAACAAGUAUUGUACUCUCGACAUUUAGGUUUUCUGAAAUAGGGUUUUCUGUUUGAUCCUCCACGUAGUUUUAAUUGGUUUGAGGCAGAUGCAGACCUAUGUGAGCAGCUGCUCCAAAGGAAUAUGCCUUUCUUCAAAUCACAUAGUUAGAUAGAAGAAAUGUUAAAUGAGGUUUUAUGGUCAGCAUUUGAAUUUUUUUCCAAAAUGAUGGGCGUUCAUUGUGUGAAGCUGGAAAUGUGUUAUCAGUAGCUUCCCUAUAAUAUCAGAUCUAAGGGCCAUGUUGAUAAUUAUAAUCCUCUGGUAGAGGGUGACUUUCUUUUCAGACAUUCAUGGAUUUAACUCAUGAAAUAAUCAUUAAUGUUUAUGAAUAGGGGAAAAACAGAUUUUGAGGGGAUCCGAAACCCCAUAUAAAAUGAACAUUAAUGUUGCAUUUUAUUCAAAAUUUUUAUAUAAAAUAUAUUGUGAAUCUCUAUAUUUAGACAGAGAACAUAUCAUAAAUUUAGUCAGAUUAAA